CAAUCUGCCCGCCGCAGCACCACAUCUACCGUACCGCACUACUUGCCAUGGUGACGAGUGCAUGGUCGCGACUGCAGAUGUGAUUCGUCGCCAUGUCCGCCCCAACCAGAUAUGGCGACAACAGGAGAAGCAAUGGCUCAGCGGCAGACAAGACAUCCUCGCGGGCGCCCCGCAUGAGCGCCCAGGAGACUGCCUCUAGGACACAAAAACCCGGGAGCAACUCGCCAGCAUCAGGACCAGAGAGGCCAGCGCAUAAAAGGACACUGUCAGGCAACCCGCGAACGAACAGUAUGAGGUCAUUCGAGGAGCGGGAGAAGCGCAUCGACAAACACACGGCGACGACGCGCGAGGCGAUGGUCUCGAAAGUGAAGAGCCCUGACCGAAGACACAUGCCAUCCAUGGCCAAGGCCCAGGCGAGGAUGCCGGAUGGCAGGAGGAAUGCCGAGACAAGACCUAAGGAAGUGAGGCAGGAGGUGGCCCCGCAAGCUCCUUGGGAACCGGAAGCGACCCUUGUACCGCACACCUCUGCGCCGCUGGCUUCUCGAAUAUCGAUACCGCCGCUGGCUUCACAAGCGCCCUCGUCAGUACAGCCCAGACCGCUGUCCGAAUUGUCGCUCGAAGCGCAAGAGGCCGUUAUACUAGAAGAUCUUUUAUAUGUCUUCAUGGGCUAUGAGGGUCAGUACGUGCGCUUCGGCAAGGGAUACGAUCCGAACGAGGAACGAGAUCGGCUAGGCGGUCCACCAUACCGCAUCCUGCCAGGCCUUGAUCCGAGCUUACAGGACCUCACGAUGUCCAUGCUGAAGAUGGCUACGUACUACACGGCGCUGGAAACCUUUGUCGAUGUCCAGAGCCGCGACGAAUUUGGGUCCGUCAACCAUGCGCUGUGCGCCUCAAUACGAAAGUUCCUACAGGACUACCUGGUGUUGAUCGCCCAGUUAGAGACCCAAUUCCUCACAAACGACGCUUUCACCUUACACGUUCUCAAUAUCCACAUCCUACCUACGAGUCAUAUGAUGUUCCAGCUCUACUCGCUGGCACAUGAGCUGCUGAAACGCAAUGCUCUCCUGGACGAUGAGACCGACGAAUCUAGUGACAGCGCGGACGACUUCGAUCAGAUUCUAGAGCAGUUGAGGGAUGGUGGAGAACUCGUCCCGGGUAAUAUGACCGGCAAGAAGAUCUGUAAAGGAGGAGUGGUGCUCGGCCUCAUCACUAAACGAUUAGAAAACAUGUCUGGAGACCCAGCCGCGAGAGAGCUGCUCACAACGCUCCUCAGAGACUCGAGCAGGCCGUACAUGGUCAUGCUAAACGAAUGGCUACAUCAUGGCAGCAUCAAUGAUCCGCAUGGCGAGUUCUUGAUCAAGGAGCAGAAAAGCUUGCGGCGGGAGAGGCUACAACAAGACUAUACGGAUGAGUACUGGGAGAGGCGGUAUACCAUCCGCGACAAGGAGGUUCCGCCGCAGCUAGAGGGGGUCAAGGAAAAAUGCCUCCUCGCCGGGAAGUACCUGAAUGUUGUGCGGGAGUGUGGUGGCGUGGAUGUCAGCAAAGAUGUUAAAGACAAGCCGAAAUCCUUUGACGACAACAGGUUCCAGGAAAAUGUCAACAAUGCCUACUCUCACGCGAACGAGUCCUUGAUGCAGCUGCUGCUCACGACACAUGCACUGCCCGACCGCCUGCGGUCUCUAAAACAUUACUUCUUCCUCGACCCGUCCGACUAUUUCAACUACUUCCUCGAGCUUGGGGCCUCCGAGCUGCGAAAGCCCGUUCAGGUUGUCAAUACCGUCAAGCUGCAGUCGCUGCUUGACUUGGUACUGAGACAACCAGGCAGUAUUGUCGCUAUGGAUCCCUUCAAGGAGGAUGUGAAGGUUCAGAUGAACGAGAUCACCCUCAUCAAGUCUCUCCAACGCGUUGUUAAUAUCACCGGAAUUGAGGAGGGCGGGUCGCUGCAGCCUCUGAAGGACCAACCGAUCGAGAGCGACAAGAGAGCCAACGGCUUUACCUCGUUACAGCUGGACUAUGCGCUACCGUUUCCAGUGUCGCUUGUCAUCAGUCGGAAGACAAUCUGGAGAUACCAGGCCUUGUUCCGGUACCUCUUGUCUCUGCGCCACCUCGAGGCGCAACUGACCAUCGCAUGGCAGGUACAGACCCGAGGUUUUGUGUGGUACCGGAAGAGCUCCAACAAGGAGCUCGAGCUGUGGAAGAGGCGCAUUUGGACGCUCAGGGCUCGCAUGCUUGUCUUUGUCCAACAGCUCCUGUAUUUCUGCACGGCAGAGGUUAUAGAGCCGAAUUGGCAGUCGCUCAUGUCCCGGCUCAAGACGAAGGAUAAUGGGACGUCCAAGGGUCUUCUCGAUCGGACGGUCGAUGAGUUGAUGCAGGACCAUGUGGACUUCCUGGAUACCUGCCUGAAGGAGUGCAUGUUGACGAACAGCAAGCUUCUCAGGGUCCACUCCAAGCUCAUGAACAACUGCAAUACAUUCACAACAAGUAUUGACUGGAUAACGAGGAACCUAGAGAGGGCGGAUCCAGACCUGCAGGGUCCGACCAAGCCGAGGAACGUUACAGACGAGCAGUGGAAGCAGAUACAGGCGAAUCGGGAGAAAUGGCAGUCGGCGCAUGGCGAGUCGUCCAAGACACCCGAAGCGCAGUUUACUAUGAUCAUGGACACGCUGAAGGCGUGGGAGUACAACUUUGGCCGGCAUCUCAAGAUCCUCCUCGAUGCCUUGAAUCACUACGCGGCGACGGAAACAGUCGUCCUUCUCAGCCUCUGUGCGAGACUGAGUGCCGCGAGCCAGGGAACGGAGCACAACACACUAAGAAAUGACGAUGACCCCACAAUUGGUUGA